CAGCCUGCUCUACCUUCUUUUUUUCCCUCGGUGGAGGCCAUGAUGGGAGCCUGAGAGUUCAGCUGGAGCGAGAGCUGCGAGAAAAGAAGAUGAUUCCCCGGGACCGAGCUGUCAAACCAAUCCCCGCCGAUUCCCGAGCGUUGUAGAUUCUAUAUACAUUCAAGGUGGAGCCUGUCACUUUAUUUCCACGUGUGUUUUUUUGGCAAUCAGUCGAUGACAAUGUUGAAUCGUUAGAAGGCUCUCGGCGUUAAGAAAAAAAAAAAGGAGGCAGUGUUAGCUAUUGUUGCUAGCUGGCUAGCUGCUGCGCUAGCUAGCUAGCGAGGCUAGCUCGCUCUCUCUCUCGCUCGCUCUGGGAUCCAGGCUUCGGGAACCGGUGAGUCCGUUCUCCCUCGCUGUCAAAAGCGGCCGCGGCGGCUGCUGCGACUGAGCCAGUCGGAUAUUCUUUUAAUCGUUUUCGACACCUUAUGAGGUUCACCCGAGGACAACUGCAUGUAUUUAAAUCGGGCGCGUUUGCAAGACGAAUCGCAGGAUUGGAAAAGUCGGGCCUGCGCGGAGGAGCAGAGCGAGGCCCGUCUUUAUGAUCCAGAGGAAGCCUGUCUAAUCCGACCCACGGCCACUUCUGCGGGCUAGCACGUCUCUGCAGGGACCUGGGACAAAGAGGCAAAGACUGUCACUGUUAACUGCGACGGACACGUCCGCACAGCCAGUGCUAGAAGACAUAAAAGCCCCAUUUUCAUCAUUUACCCCCAUAUAGACUCCUGUCACCUGCUACAAUGGCUGCGAUUAUAAAAGAAAUGGUCAGCCGGAACAAAAGGAGAUAUCAAGAGGACGGCUUCGACCUGGACUUAACCUAUAUCUACCCAAACAUCAUUGCUAUGGGCUUUCCAGCAGAGAGACUUGAAGGCGUGUACAGAAACAAUAUAGACGAUGUAGUACGGUUUUUGGAUUCAAAGCAUAAAAACCAUUAUAAAAUCUACAACCUCUGUGCAGAAAGACACUACGAUGCUACCAAAUUUAACUGCAGAGUUGCACAGUACCCUUUUGAAGACCACAACCCUCCUCAGCUGGAGCUAAUAAAGCCGUUUUGUGAAGACCUGGACAUGUGGCUCAGUGAGGACGACAAUCACGUGGCAGCCAUCCACUGUAAGGCCGGGAAAGGCCGAACAGGAGUCAUGAUCUGCGCCUAUCUCCUCCACCGUGGCAAAUUCCAGGAGGCCCAAGAAGCCCUUGACUUCUACGGCGAAGUCAGGACAAGGGACAAGAAGGGAGUAACAAUCCCGAGCCAGCGCCGCUACGUCUGCUAUUACAGCUACCUACUGAAGAACCAGCUCGACUACAAGCCGGUGGCGCUGCUCUUCCACAAAAUGGUGUUCGAGACUCUCCCCAUGUUCAGUGGGGGCACCUGCAGGGACAGUACAGUUAAAAACAGGAGCGAGCCGAUCCCUCAGGGCUUCAAGAAGGGGAAUUGGCACUGGGAUCCCCAGUUCGUGGUCUAUCAAUUGAAAGUGAAGAUUCACACGUCGAACCCCGCUCACACGCGGCGCGAGGACAAGCACAUGUUCUUCGAGUUCCCCCAGCCGCUGCCGGUUUGUGGAGACAUCAAAGUGGAGUUCUUCCAUAAACAAAACAAGAUGAUGAAGAAGGACAAAAUGUUUCAUUUCUGGGUGAACACCUUCUUCAUCCCUGGACCAGAGGAGAGCAUGGACAAGAUGGAGAACGGGGCCGUGAACAACGUGGAGAGUCAGCAGCAACAACAGCAGCAGCAGCAGCAGCAGCAGCAGCAGCAGCAUAGUGGAGCCGGGCAGAUGCAAGGGCACCAACAGCAGCAGCAGCAGCAGCAGCUACUGACGCUGCGCGCCAGGAGCAGGGACAGCUGCAGGGACAGCGACAGGGACAGGGACGAUCUCAUCCUGACGCUCACGAAGAACGACUUGGACAAGGCCAACAAAGACAAAGCUAACCGCUACUUCUCGCCAAACUUCAAGGUGAAGUUGUAUUUUACGAAGGCCGUGGAGGAGCCUUCGAAUUCGGAGGCGAGCACGUCGACAUCCGUCACCCCGGACGUUAGCGACAAUGAGCCAGACCAUUAUCGAUACUCUGACACCACUGACUCUGAUCCGGAAAAUGAACCUUUUGAUGAAGAGCAGCACACGCAAAUCACAAAAGUGUGAACUCUUUUUAAAAAAAAAAAAAAAAAUAAGAAAGAAAAA